AUGGUGUCGCCAGCUAUUGCUUUGGCCUUUAUCCCCCUCCUGCUGACAAUGAUUAUUCGGUAUCGCUACUAUUUUGUGCUGUUCUAUCGAGCAGUCCUUGUCAGGACAUGGAAAGACUGCGUUACUGGUUUGAGUCGGGAGGAGCGUGCCUACCAGUAUGUUCUCACUCAUUCCACUCCAGGAGAUCCGGAUAGCAUCCUGGAUGCCUUUGAUUUCUGGUGCAGCAAAAUUGAGUAUAUCAGCAACAUUGGGCCUAAAAAAGGGCAAAUCUUGGACCGCCUGCUAAUGGAGCAGAGCCCUUUGACAGUGCUGGAGCUGGGGGCCCAUUGCGGAUACAGUACUGUGCGAAUAGCCCGAGCUCUGCCUCUGGGGGCCAGGCUCUACAGCAUUGAGAUGGAUCAGAGAAAUGCUGCCAUAGCUGAGAAAAUCAUCCGCCUGGCUGGGUUUGAUGAUGACACAGUGGAGCUCAUCAUUAGUCCAUCUGAUGAGGUGAUCCCUCGGCUGCGGUCAGACUACAAUUUAGAGAGGCUGGAUUUUGUCUUUAUGGACCACUGGAAGAAAUGCUACCUGCCUGACCUUCAGAUGCUUGAGGGCUCUGGUCUGCUCGGAAAAGGAUCUAUGAUUUUGGCUGACAAUGUUUUAUUUCCCGGGGCUCCAAAAUUCCUCCGACACAUUCGAAAGAGUGGCCUGUAUGAGUGGAAAAUUCACAGAGCCACACUAGAAUAUAGCAAGGGCAUCAGGGAUGGUAUGGCUGAGCUGGUCUACGAGGGAGUCAAAUAGACCAGGUUGUCUCACACAGGAACAAGCAAUCGUUCACCUUUUAAAGUCUGACCCAAGAAAUAAAGAGCAGAAAAUUAAAUUCUUUUUCAAAU